GCCGGAGCUAGCAAAGCAAGCCAGAUCCCCCACCACAACCAACCCCCAAACCGCCUCCACUAAUCGCCGCCACGAUAGCUUAAGCUUCCUUGAUCACACACUCGUUAGUCCUAAUCAAUCCGCUCCGCUUCUAGCUUAAUCUCGGGCGGCUUUGCUGCUCGAUCCCUCCGGAAAGGGGAGGCGGCGAGGGGGGCAUUGCCUCCGUCCUCUCUCCCACCACCCGCCCGCUGCGCGCGCGGGGGAAUCGCCUCUUCCUCGGCCACGCGGCGGAAUUGCGUGGGUCCUGGUCGUGGAGGGCAGGGAGUGGAGAAGAGAGGGCUGAGGUCAGGUGAACUACUGAAGUCUGGGGGUGUGAAGCCAUGAUGAAGAGGUCGCUGAUGGAGGCCCUGGCCACGGCGGUGCAGGGAGGCGCCGUGGGGACGUCGAUUUUCGAUAUGGCCAAGUACGCCAUGCUGCCCAUCGCCAAGGUGUUUACCGUCUGCUUCAUGGGGUUCCUCAUGGCCUCUAAGUACAUCAAUAUCCUCCAGCCAAAUGGCCGCAGGCUUCUCAAUGGGCUUGUGUUCUCACUUCUACUUCCUUGCCUUAUAUUUUCACAACUGGGUAGAGCAAUCACAAUCGAGAAGAUGCUGCAAUGGUGGUAUAUUCCAGUAAAUAUUGUUGUAGGUUCAGUGUCAGGCUCUUUGAUUGGCUAUGUGGUGGCAUGUAUCAUACGACCACCCUAUCCAUACUUCAAAUUCACUGUCAUUCACAUUGGAAUAGGGAAUAUUGGAAACAUACCUCUGGUUCUCAUUGCAGCAUUAUGUCGGGAUCCAACAAAUCCUUUUGGUGACUCUGAUAAAUGUAAUGAAGAUGGAAAUGCAUAUAUCUCAUUUGGUCAAUGGGUUGGUGCUAUUAUUGUUUACACGUAUGUGUUCAAGAUGCUUGCUCCACCACCUGGAGAAUCCUUUGAUAAUGCUGAAGAAGAGAAGCUUCCAGUUAAGGCAUCUGGAGAUAAUGUGGUGCCUGAAGUAGGCAAAUCUCCAACAAUCACUCGCACUAGUACUGUACCUGAAAAUGAGCCUUUGCUAUCUGCUGAAGGUGAUAAAAAUGGUGCCACUUCUCUAGGAUCAAAGAUAAUGAGCCAUGUUAGACGUGUUAUUAAAUUCCUAAAAGACAUGCAGCUUCUCCAGCCACCAAUUAUUGCCUCUGUUUUUGCAAUUGUCAUUGGUGUUGUUCCAGUCUUGAAGAAUUUUGUUCUCACAGAUGAAGCACCUCUAUUCUUCUUCACAGACAGCUGUCUCAUUCUUGGGGAAGCAAUGAUCCCAUGCAUUUUGCUUGCAGUGGGGGGCAAUCUUGUUGAUGGUCCUGGUGAAGGAAGUAAGAGGCUUGGUGUGCGGACAACUGUUGCUAUUAUUUUUGCACGACUCGUUCUUGUUCCUCUUGCUGGGGUUGGCAUCGUUUUGUUGGUUGAUAAACUUGGUUUCAUUCCUAAAGAUGACAAGAUGUUCAAGUUUGUCCUCCUACUGCAGCAUUCUAUGCCCACAUCUGUGUUGUCAGGUGCCGUUGCAAACCUGAGGGGCUGUGGAAAAGAAUCAGCUUCUAUCUUGUUCUGGGUGCACAUUUUUGCCGUGUUAUCCAUGGCAGGAUGGAUUAUUUUGUAUUUGAACUUGCUUUUCUAGAUGCUAUGCUGCACAGGAACAUCCAUAAGAACAAACCAUCGCCAGAAAUACCAAAAAAAAAAACAUAGUAUUAUGACAUGUACAUUAGCCAGUAAACCAUGGUGACAGCCUGAAUAUACGAGUUGUAUCAGUGUUCAGUAGAGAUAUGAUCCGCCUGCCCGCUCGCAUAAACACCAAUGCUAUGUAAAUUUUGAUAAUCGGCCGCUCUGUAAGCAUGCAGUGAGGCAGUGAGCUAUGAGAAGAUGAGGUGGCACCGUUGCUAUUGCCGUGCCCAGACCAUCAGGUCCUGAUGACCUUUAGGACGGUUUAGCAUAAGCUUCUUAUCAGCAUCCUAUUUCCUUUGUUAAUGUAGCAUCCCAUGAUCUUAAUUUAAUGAACUACUACUAGUAUCAUGUUUACUA